UGGCCAUCGGGAGCAUUUGGGCGUGCUAUCGCAUGGCACUAUCUUUGCGCAAAUAGUGUACUACACCUACAUUCGCCAAGGAAAAGCAAGUGUGAUCGCUGCCACCAAGAGGAGCACAGGCGAGAAAACUGAGAAAUCCAAGGGCAUGGAGAGUAAGGCUAAGGCUGGAAAAGACAAGAGCUCAUGA